CCAAAUCCGCCAUGUUUUGGUCGAUGUUAUGCUUCAACAGUGAUUGAACGAGCAUCGCCAAACUUUCUCUCUCUCUCCUCCAAACCUUUCUUGCUAAAUUUCUCUUGAAGUACAGUUUGAGAUCCCGUCCGCAAAAAGAAACCGACGAAGAUGGCCGCUACUCAGCCCCGUCAGAACUACCAUGUCGAAUGCGAAGCCCGCAUCAACAAGCAGAUCAACAUGGAACUCUACGCGAGCUACGUCUACACAUCAAUGGCCUACUACUUUGACCGCGAUGAUGUGGCACUGCCGGGAUUCCACAAGUUCUUCAAGAAAAGCAGCGAGGAGGAGCGUGAGCAUGCCGAGAAGCUGAUGAAGUAUCAGAAUAUGCGUGGAGGGCGUGUGGUGCUGCAGCCAAUCCAGAAGCCAGCACAGGACGAAUGGGGUGCAGGCUUGGAUGCCAUGCAGGCUGCGCUGGAGCUGGAGAAGACUGUUAACCAGUCACUGCUUGACCUGCACAAGCUGGCGACUGAUCACAAUGAUGCUCAGCUGUGCGACUUCCUGGAAAGCGAGUACCUGGCAGAGCAGGUGAAGGCCAUCAAGGAGCUGUCUGAUUAUGUGACCAACUUGAAGCGUGUUGGCCCUGGCCUCGGAGAGUACAUGUUUGACAAGGAGACCCUGUCAGACUAGCAGACACAAGGUGUGGUCUGUUUGGUGGUGAAGGGCUUGCACUCGUUGUGCCACUGUGUACCAUUUGGCCCUUUCUACCAUGCAAGAAUAAAAUAGUUCAAAGAGA